AUGAGAAUGAACGAACGAUGCAGUAUAACUCCUCCUUAUCGUAAAAAAAGUGUAUCAGAGAAAUUAGGCUUGACAAAGGUCAAUCCGGUAUCGGAUUUUAUGCAGAUCGAUAAGUUUGAUGGCGUAUUCGAGUUUCUAUCGCUAAAUGCACGAACUAAAGUUAUGAUUUCUGGAUUUGAAUUCCCUAGUGCCUUACAUGCCCUGCAUUUUAUCCGUUUUGAGCACCAAAUUAUUCCCCUUAAAUCACUCAAAGAAGAAAAUGAUGAUAAUAAUAAUUCACAUCAUAAAGAUAGUUAUGUUGAGAAGGAAUCUAAUUUAAAAUUUAUAUACAAUGAUCAGAACAAAAAUAAUGUUGGUGCGGAUGUAAUAAAACUCGUAUAUGACAUCGUAAAUUUAUCCACCGAUGAUAUAUACAAUUCAGAACUAUUGGAGAGUCAGAACUGGCAAAUAAAUAGGUUGAAAUGGACAGAAAUGAUUUUAAGGGACAAAUUUCGGAGGAAUGAGGAAUUUAGGAAAUUAUUGAGUAAUACUGGUGAUAGGCAAAUAGUAUAUAUAACCCCUUACGAUACGUUUUUGGGCAGUUUUGCCAGGAAAGGUCAAAAUCAGUUGGGCAGAAUAUUACAGCUUAUAAGAUCUGACAUCGCCAAUCAUUCUGAAAUUGAAAAUUGGCUUAAAUACUGCGCCGGAAUACACCACGAGGCAUCUGAGUGGUCAAAAUUGACAAUUAAUGAGACUAGUUCAGGGGAAACCCAUGAAACUCGAACGAUUAAUCUGGAAAAUAAGCCUUACUACCUAAUCGGCAGGCUACCAAUCUGUGAUUUACAAUCAUUAAACCCAUCGAUAAGUCGCAUCCACGGUGCAAUAUAUAUUGAUAAAUCAACUGGUAAAUUUCAAAUCAUUUCGUUUAAUGAUAAAUCUGGGAUCAAUUUAAACAACUCGGGUAUGAUGGAGGCAAAUGUUCCAAAACAACUUCAUAAUGAAUACAAAUUCACACUUGGAAUAUCUACUAAAAUUUAUCAAGUUCAGUUGGAUAAUGAAUUGCUAAUAUUUAAUUUGGAGCAACAACGAAAGGACUUGGAAAAGCAAAUGUUCAUUACAAAAUACACCGUAGCCGAUGAGAUUGAGAAAAUUAUCAAAGGGUGUAAAGAAAUCGUAGUACUUAACGUUUCAUACAAAACAAGCAGGCAAGAUUUGUAUGAUUUUUUCGAACCAUGUGGUCAAAUUGACCAAAUAAACAUCCCACACUCUGAUAAGGAGAGGAAGGAUGAUGAUGAGGAUCUACGAGCAGAAAGGGGCAUCGCAUUUAUUAAGUUUGUCAAAGAGCGUUCGGCUGCCAACGCGCUGGAAAAAAGUGGCAUGUCAUUGAAUGGCCGAGUAGUUCAGGUCAAAUACUGUGACAAGCAUUCCAUGAUGGGGAGGGGACAUGACCAUAGACGUAGAUCAGGGCGCUAUAGACAUGGGCAUUACAGAGAGAAGAGAGAGAGGGAUUACAAGAACGAGAGGCAUUGA